AACAAAUCAUUGACAUUCUUUCAAUCUUAUGAAAAACAGUCUAAAAUAAUUACAUUAAAUUUUUUAUUUCUCUUUCUUUUGAUUCGAUUGAAUUAAACUUUAUUCUUUUAUGAUAAUUAGUAGCGCAAAAACAGCUGUUUUUCUCAGAUAGCUGCUCAAUGAUACUCAAUGAUAACAUUCAAAUGUAAAGUGUGGCCGCCAUGUAGACGAAUCAGGUUCAGCUUACAAAAUACGAAUGUGAAGACGAGACGACCGAUUAAGUUACACAGAUAUCAUGUAUCAAUGACAGAUGUUAGUGAGCACGCAUCAAAAAUCUUCAUCUCAAGAUUUGUCAGUCAGCUGGGUGGCCUGGGUCCUGGGAUUCCUGGGUGUUGUCUGUUGCCGGGUGCCUGUUGAUAAUCGAAGUAGAAGAAUUAUAUAAUACGCAGUACGCGAUCAUAUACAAGUGCGAUCAUUCGGUGAUUUAAACGAUUAUAUUGCAGGUUCAAAAUAAUAAGUAAAAUAUCUUAAUAUGGCAAAUCAAAUUAAGGUAGGAAUAAUAAGUGGCUCAGGUUUGGGUGAUCAUCUGCAUAAAACGUUUAAUUGUAGCAAUACUGUAAGUCGCGAGAAUGCAAAAAAUGAUUUUGGCUAUCCCUCUAGUGAUCUUAAAUAUGGAUGCAUUGAUGGAAUAAAUAUAGUGUUGUUAUCCAGGCAUGGUGAAGGACAUAAAAUAAAUCCUACUGGAGUUAAUUACCGUGCUAAUAUAGAAGCAUUGCGACUUGCUGGAUGUACUCAUGUAUUAGCAUCUACUGCAUGUGGAUCAUUGACAGAAUCUAUCAGUAGAGGACAAUUAGUUGUACCUGAUAGCUUUAUAGACAGAACUUUUGCUAGAAAAAAUACAUUCUAUGAUGGAACAUCUGUCAAAUACGACGGAGUAUGCCAUAUACCAAUGGAGCCUGCAUUUGAUCCACGAACAUCUGAAAUCUUAAUACAAGCUGCAAAAAAAUUAGGAUAUAAUAUAAGGAAAGGUGGAACGGUAGUAACUAUUGAAGGACCACGCUUUUCCUCUAAAGCAGAAAGUAAUGCUCUACGUCUUUGGGGUGGACAUUUAGUUAACAUGACUUCAUGUCCAGAGGUGUUCUUGGCGAAAGAAGCAGGUCUCUUGUAUGCAGCUGUAGCAAUGGCAACUGAUUAUGAUUGUUGGAGAGAUUGCGAAGAUAAUGUUAAUGCAGCUGAUGUCCUAGUUGUAUUCAAACAAAAUGUUGAUAAAAUAACAAAUGUACUACUAGAAACAGUAAAAAUUAUUGGUUCUGGAGAAUGGAAACAGGAUAUUCUUAAAUUGAAGGAUGUAAUUGAAACCAGUAAUAUGACUAUAAAAAAUUAAAGCUCCUAUUUGCAAACUGGAAUAUGAACUUAGCUUAUAUUAUAUAUAAUCAUAAAUGAUAAUCAUUAGAGCCUAAAAAAUGUACAAAAUUUUAUUAUAUACACAUUCCAUAAGCUGAAAUUUUUAUAUUGUUUGUAAGGAACUUUUAUAUAAAGAAAGUCACAUUUAUAUAUUACAACAAUUUUGAUAUAACUGCAAAUAUACACAUACACAUACAUAUAUAGUCUUAUGUAUUGAUGAAAAUAAAAUAUGAUUCAAAAA